UCAAGUUCGUAGUCAAAAAAAUCAUUUUUUUUUAUUAAUUGCUUGUAUUUUAAUCCAAAUGGUUUUGGUGAAUCCUUACAGGGUAUAAAGCUACAACAAAAAUUUUGGUGGAUAUGAACAACCACAAAAAUGGAGAGGGAAGAAGUAGUAGUAAUUGGGUUUUGGACUAGUCCAUACGCCAUGAGAGUCCAAAUUGCGUUGAUAGAAAAGGGAGUCCCUUAUCAGUAUUUGGAAGAAGAAACGAUUUUCCACAAUAAGAGCCUUUUGCUUCUACAAUCGAACCCACUUCAUAAGAAGGUUCCUGUUCUCAUCCACAACGGUAAGCCCGUAUGUGAAUCCCUUGUCAUUCUUCAGUACAUAGAUGAUGUUUGGAAACAUGGAAAUUUACUACUUUCUGAACAAGACUCUUACAAUCGAGCAAAAGCAAGGUUUUGGGUUAAUUUUUUUGACACCAAGCUCAAUUAUGCUAAUUUUAUAGCAGAUUGCGGAAGGAGGAUGUGGGCUAGCAAAGGAGAAGACCAAGAGGCUGCAAAGGAAGAGUUCAUCGAAAGCUUAAGAGCACUAGAAGGAGAGCUGGGUGGGAAAUCAUAUUUUGGAGGUGAAAAGUUUGGGCUUUUGGACAUUGCUCUUAUACCCUUCUCUUGUCGAUUCUAUACAUAUGAGUUGUUUUGCAAAUUCAGCGUAGAAAAGGAAUGCCCUAAACUUAUGGAAUGGGUCAAAAAGUGCCACCAAAGACAGAGCGUCUCCAAGAUCCUUCCAGACCCAUACGAAGUCUAUAAGUUUGUGCUUCAUGCAAGAAAAUGCUUGGGAUUGAGUGAUCGAGAAGAAUCCGAGUCUAUUAUAGCUUAUAUGUUAUGUGUAUAA